AUGUUUUCCGACCAAGGUGGUGGGGAGAUGGUUGAGGGAUGGAUGAUGAGGAGAGGAGGAAAUGGGUCGGAGGUUAUUUUUUGGGCAAGUGGGGGAUGGGAGAAUGUGGAAGAAGUCGUUUCGAAGGAAGGUGGAUAUGAAGAUCCAGUAUUUGUUGUAAGAGGGAGAAAGACGAGGGGUUUUUGA